AUGACGGACUCUCCUGACUCGAUGGGGAAGGCCACGAAUGUGACACUCGAGCAAUGUUUCCAGGCCCAGAACACCGUCCUGCAGGGCCAGCCUUUCGGCGGUAUCCCCACCGUGCUGCUCAUCAACGUGCUCAGUUGGCUGCUCAUCAUUCUGGUUUACUCCUUCCUCCGAAAAGCUGCAUGGGACUACGGGCGCCUGGGACUGCUGAUACACAAUGACAGCCUGACGUCCCUGGUCUUCGGGGAUCAGAGCGAGAAGUCGUCUCCAGACAUCUCUCUGGAGAUGGAGCAGAAGGACAAGGGCUUCUGUACCUGGUUCUUCAACUCCCUCAGCAUGAGGAACCAGGAUCUGAUCAACAGGUGUGGUGACGAUGCCCGAAUCUACAUGACAUUCCAGUAUCAUCUCAUUUUCUUUGUGCUCCUCCUCUGCAUCCCCUCCUUGGGUGUCAUUUUGCCCAUCAACUACUUGGGAACCACUCUGGACAGGAAGAGUCACUUCAGCCGGACCACCAUCGUCAAUGUCUCCACAGAGAGCAAGUACCUGUGGCUGCACUGUUUAUUCUCCUUCUUCUACUUCAUCUGCAACCUCCUCUUCAUGGCCCACCACUGCUUGGGGUUCGUGCCCAAGAAGAGCCACAAGAUAACCAGGACAUUGAUGAUCACCUACGUUCCCAAUACCAUCCAGGACCCCGACACCAUCAUGAGGCAUUUUCAUGAGGCCUAUCCAGGCUGCAUCGUGACCAAAGUCCACUUCUGCUAUGACGUCAGGAACCUGAUCGAAUUGGACGAUCAGAGGCGCCACGCCAUGCGGGGCCGGCUCUACUACACCGCCAAGGCCAAGAAGAGCGGGAAGCAGAUGAUCAGGGUGCACCCCUGCUCCCGCCUGUGCUUCUGCAGCUGCUGGAAGUGUUUCAAAAGGGUCGAUGCAGAGCAAUAUUACAGUGAGCUGGAGGAGCAGCUGACCGAUGAGUUCAACGCCGAGUUCAACCGCGUCCGGCUCAAGCGACUGGACCUGAUGUUUGUGACCUUCCAGAAUGUCAAUAUGGCACAGCGGGUCUUGCGCGAUUACAAGUGGACCACCUGCUUUAGAUCCCCCCAGCAGUCCUCUUUGUCGAAUAGCAUCAAAUCUUACCAGUGGCGAGUCACCUAUGCAUCCCACCCCAAAGACAUCAUCUGGAAACACCUGGCUGUCCGCUGCUUUGAGUGGUGGGCCCGGUUUAUCACCAUCAACACCUUCCUGUUCCUGCUCCUCUUCUUCCUCACCACGCCGGCCAUCAUCAUCAACACCAUCGACAAGUACAACGUCACCCGCCCCAUCGAGAAGCUGAAGAGCCCGGUGCUGACCCAGUUCUUCCCCUCCGUCUUGCUCUGGAUCUUCACAGUGACCUUGCCACUGAUGGUCUACUACUCCGCCUUCCUCGAGGCCCACUGGACCAGAUCGAGUGAGAAUCUGAUUGUGAUGCACAAGUGCUACAUCUUCCUGGUGUUCAUGGUCCUUAUUCUGCCCUCCAUGGGGCUGACCAGUUUGCAUGUCUUUCUACGCUGGCUCUUCGACAUCUACUAUCUAGGGCGUGCAACCAUCAAGUUCCAGUGUGUGUUCCUGCCUGACAACGGCGCCUUCUUCGUCAACUACGUCAUCACCGCAGCCCUGCUGGGCACAGGCAUGGAGCUGCUGCGUCUGGGCUCGCUCUUCUGCUACUCCCUCCGCCUCUUCUUCUCCACGUCCGAGCCGGAGCGAGUCCACAUCAGGAAGGACCAGGCCAUGGAUUUCCAGUACGGGCGCGAGUACGCGUGGAUGAUGAAUGUCUACACCGUGGUGAUCACUUACAGUGUCACGUGCCCCAUCAUUGUCCCGUUCGGGCUGCUGUACCUGUUUAUGAAGCACGCCACGGACCGCUACAACAUGUAUUACACGUAUGUCCCCACCAAGCUCAACGAGCAGAUCCACAAGGCGGCCGUCAAACAGGCCAUUGUCGCGCCCAUCCUGGGGCUCUUCUGGAUGCUCUUCUUCUCCAUCCUGCGGCUAGGUACAUCCCACGUCCUCACCUUCAUAUCCAUCGCCCUCCUCGUCCUGUCCAUGAUGAUUGCCUUCACUAGCACCUUCAUGGGGAAGAUUCACUACUCAUCGGUUUCUCGGAGGCAGUUGCCGGAGGAGAUGGAGACCGUGUUCGACAUGGAGCCAAGCAGCACCGCCUCCACGCCCACGUCUCUUCUGUAUGAAGCCAGUGUGAUGCACGAAUCUUCGAUGACCCCCGCCUCCUCUCCCGGCCGCCACAGCUACGGCAGCAUGAGCAGACCAGCUUAUGCAGAGGAGCUGGGCACGUUCCAGCAGGACCUGGAACUGGAGAACCAGAAGCAGUGACCGGGACCUGGGCCUCCACCUGGCGGUUCCCGCCAGGAGUGGCGGCCAGGAGAGAGCCUGGCAGGGGAGUUAGAGGGCCCCGACCCUCCCCGCUUCUUCCAGCAGACUUUGGGCAGGCCCAGCAGAGACAUCUGCCGGCCCCGCGUGGACACCCCGGCCUGCCAAACAGCUAGAACGGGAGCAGCAAAGCAGUACUCCGGGCCCCUGGCAAGGACGGGAGGA